ACCCGGAGCUAGAAGGACAGAAGGAGCGGAGAACUACUGCACCUGUCCCACACACACACGCUAUCUUCACAGACAUACAGGGAGAAAGGAUCUGACCGGACGUCCCUAUGUGUGGAUGGGACCAGAGUUAUACAGCGACCUCUCAUAGCUCGGCCAUGUUGACCAGUGAGGGGGCGCACACCAUGGAGCAGGACGACGCACGCCACGGAGCCAAGAUGGCUUCCUCUGCCACCAGCACAGGCUCAGGUAGAGCGGGCACGAUGACAGAUAACGACGUCGACAUGGAGGAAGCAGACAUGACACAGUGGACGGAGGCAGAGUUUGAAGAGAAGUGCACGUAUAUUGUCAAAGACACGGCAUGUGAGGCGGGCCCAGACGGUGAUGCCAUGAUGAUGUCGACGACCAGAGCCGAGGCUUCGCUGCCCCGUAACUUGGCCUUCAAACACCUGGCUGGCAGCAAGGAGGUGGCUGGCGUGUGCAGCAGGGAGUACAUCCCCAAAGGAACUCGCUUCGGUCCCCUGGUGGGCGAGAUCUACACGGCUGACAGCGUCCCCAAAGACGCCAACCGCAAAUACUUUUGGAGGAUUUAUGUGGACGCAGAGUUUCAUCACUUUGUCGAUGGCCUGGAUGAGACUCGCUCCAACUGGAUGCGGUAUGUGAACCCGGCCCACUCGGCAGCAGAGCAGAACCUGGCGGCGUGUCAGAAUGGCAUGGAGAUUUACUUCUAUACUGUGAAGCCUGUCCCAGCUGGUGCCGAGCUGCUUGUCUGGUACUGCCACGACUUUGCCCGACGCCUGCACUACCCACCGUCUGGGGAGCUGAUGAUGCAGAAACUUAAGCAGUCUAUUUUGGAGGUAAAGCAGCAGCAGGUGAGCAAUGAGGAGCAUGUGCAAGAAACAUCCAGCCCGUCCCCUGUCGCAGUGACCCCCACCCCACCAAAGAAAGAACACAGUGUCCUUUCUAUUCUGCGUGGCACCUCAUCUUCGUCGUCCACAAAGAGGGAGCCCAACCAGCCGCUUCCCACACGUCCACGCUGUGCCGACAGCCCCGAUCGUCUCCUGUACCCUCGUGCUCUCUACCCACCUCUCAGGCCCCACCCUCAAAUAUCUGAGGACUUCCUCAAUCACAAAGCUGCCCGCCUUGCUUACCCCUCAACUCACUCGCCUGGCAACCAAUCCUCAGCCACACCUAGCCCAUCAGCAAGGAGCAGCCCAGAGAGCAGCCCUCACGGAAGCCCCUCUGGUGCAGCACCAUCGCCUGCUUCUUUCUAUCCCACCGGACUGGGAACCUAUCCUGGUUAUUCCCCACCAUCUGCCCCCCUCUCCUCUCCCUUCUACCCUCCAGGGGCCCCUUACUCACGUUAUCUUAUGCCCCAUCACUAUCCUCUCCCUGGCGGUGGCAUCCCAACUGUAGGAGGAAUCUUUCCCAGGAUGUAUCCCCUCUACAGCAACCUCCUGCCCCAUCAUGUGCCCCUCCUGCCUUCUGAAACAGGGAGGCGCUUCCUAAUACCUGACCCUGUGCAUCCCUCCUCCAUUUCUGGCCACAGAGACUUCCUCCUUCCAGGGCCCACAAGUGCCUUCUCAGCUGCUACUUCUCUGAGAGACACAACAGGUCCUCACAGCACUUAUCCCAGGCACCCUCACUCUCAUGGUUCAGCCCACGCUCCCUCCAGCGGCUCCCCGACUGCAGGCACAGCACCUCCCAGUGAGCAGGUGCCCACUAAGCCUACCUCAGCCCUGCUGGGCAACACCAGUGAGCGUUGUCCCGAUGACGAGGCAAUUAACCUGACCAAGGUGAAGCGUGGUGCAGGCUCAGCAGGCUACAAGGCACUGCCUUACCCUCUGAAGAAGCAGAAUGGCAAAAUCAAAUACGAGUGCAACGUGUGCAGCAAGACUUUCGGACAGCUGUCAAACCUGAAGGUUCAUCUUCGCGUUCACAGUGGGGAGAGACCUUUCAAAUGUCAAACCUGUAGCAAAGGCUUCACUCAGCUGGCUCACCUGCAGAAACACUACCUGGUACACACUGGGGAGAAGCCGCAUGAAUGUCAGGUUUGUCACAAGCGCUUCAGCAGCACCAGCAACCUGAAAACUCACCUGCGCCUUCACUCAGGGGAGAAGCCCUACCACUGCAAACUCUGUCCUGCUAAGUUCACCCAGUUUGUCCACCUUAAGCUGCACAAGCGCCUGCACUCCCGCGAGCGUCCGCACAAAUGCCCCCACUGCCAUCGCCACUACAUCCACCUGUGUAGCCUGCGACUUCACCUGAAGGGCUAUUGUUUGGCUGCAAGUUCCAGCUCUGGAAGCCCAGCCAUUUCAAGCCAGAUUGCCUUGGAGGAAGUGCACCGCGCCAAUGAGGAGAUUGAGCGCUUUGACGUCAGCGAACACGCUGAGCGACUGGAGCAGUUGCAGGGAGGGGUGGAGAUGGAAGCCAUGUUGGAGAAGCAGGUUUUGGGGAUGCUGUGGAGGGAGACUGACAUUAAGUCCUCAAACUUCCAUCCCCACCACAAGAGUAACGCCACUGAGCUUCGGUCUGCAGGUUAUGGUGCGUACGAGUCCCCAAACGAGACGUCGGUCAUCAAGAUGCGGCACAGCAGUCCCAUCCCCCCACUUCCUGCCAACAUAACUGUCAAGCAGGAAUCAGAGGAUCACGCUUAAGUGACCUUUUGCACCUGAGAGACAUAGAGCCAAGACUGCAUGGUGGACUGGGUUGCCAGGAGCAACAACUGUAAAUAUGUCUACCUGGUUGUCAUGAGUAGUGACAUCAUGACCACUCCAGGGUUUAAACCUAUCAGGGACUCACGUACUCAGGGCUGCACUGUCCCAUGACUACUUAAUGGUUUCAGCAUUUAUUAUACUUAGAGACAAUCAUGUACGCAGGAUUUACCUGUAAUGUUAUUAAUAUAAUGCUUUUAUCAUUAUUGUUCUUGUAUUAUUUUGUUUUUAAUUUCAGAUGUCCAUGGGUUUUUUUUGAUCGCUUUGUUGUUAUAUACUUAAUUUAUUUUACUUUUAUUUGUUGUCUUCAAAAGCAAUAUGUGGAAGGGAUGGUUACAUUGAUUUUCUAAAGUUUUUUUUCCUGUGGCCAUUUCUCUGUAGAUAGUCACUCUCCCUAUGCAUUUAUCUGUCUUGUGACCUCUGACCUAUAGAACCAGGGGUAUCCAUUCUUCAGGGUUUUACCUAUUUAAAUGUAGAAACCAAUAAUAGCAGGUUGAAAGGCUUAAGAGAGCUUGCCAAAGCAUGGCAGAGCAAUUUGUUAAUUUAGAAAGAAGACGUUUAACUCAGCCCUGCUUAAUAACUUCUCUACGCCCUUUUCCGAUGCCUACUUAAUUUAAAUGAAACAAGAAAGGGCAUUUUUUUGUAUAUUUUUCACAACGGUUACCUCAGUGUGGAUGCGAUGAGUGUGUGUCUGCGUGUGUUUGCAUUUAAAAGGACAGCUGAAGAUGGGAGUUUUGUAUUUAUUUGCUUUCUUUUGCUACUUGAAGAAGAAGAACCAAAUUGAACUGGAGUGCAGCUCUUCAUGUGGUCCAAAGAAGAGGCACAGCCUGCUCAACGUGUAGCACAUAACAGACUUGGGAGGCUGGUAAGCCACCUCCGUCCCCUCGUCCCUCCUCUUGUUUUGUUUUAUCUUCUAUUUAGCAUUGUCAACACCCAACAGAGAUGUGAACGUCCUCACAUUUAGGGAUUUACAGUUGACACCAGAAACCAAAGUUCACUUGGCUUUCAUUUUAAAUGCGCACCAAAAAAAAUGGCAAGAUCCAAACAAAGGAAGAAGGACUUGAGAAAUCAAAAUGCUGAAGAAGGGAAGGGAUGAUGUAUUUUGUGUACAUGGUGAGGUGUUCACUCUUUAACUGUGGUCUUUCGUUGUGGUUCAUGUUUUUGAUUUUAUUGUCGUUAAUGUUAUUUGUUAAUACUUUGGUUGAGAAACAAUGGCCCAUUUCGUCCGCCAUCUCGUUACCGAACUGGCCUACACCAAAGCACCUCGGCCUUCCUUCAUGCACUGGCCCCCUCGUCCUACUUUAUAUCUUCAGUGCCGAUGCUCACACCAUUCACACUUUGUACAAUAUAUCUGAUACUGGUCAUAAUGGCAUUAAGACCCAACUUAAUGUUACUACAACGGUGCAACUGUGGUUUUCGUUAGCAGUUACAUGCCAACACCCGGCUCUCCAUAGCUUCCUCCUCUGUUUCAUUGUCUUUCUCUCUAACUAAUGUUCGACCAAAGCGUGUCUUUCUUCGUUCAGAGCUUUAACUCCAGAGGAGAUACCCCUAAAAACUGUCUCUGUUUACAUUCUGUUUACAUAGUUAUUUAUGAGCGAAUAUGUCAAAAUGUGUAAAUUAUGAUAUAA